AUGUCGUCGCUGCUCAUCUGCACCGCGUGCGGGACGCAGUUCCCGACUGCCGACCGAGCCGUCCUGACGACGUGCUUCAUCUGCGACGACCCGCGGCAGUACAUACCUCCGUCUGGCCAGGGCUUCACGACUAUGGCCGAGCUGCAGCAGCAGGACGGGCAGCGGUUCCGCAACGAGUUCACACCGCUCGCGUCAGACCCCAAGAAGCAGCAGCUCAUAUCCAUCAGCACGGCGCCCAAGUUUGCCAUCGGCCAGCGCGCCGUGCUGGUGCGCACGCCCUCGGGCAAGAACGUGCUGUGGGACUGCGUGACGCUGCUGGACGACGACACGGCCGCCGCCGUUGAUGCUCUUGGCGGCCUACACGCGAUCGUCAUCUCGCACCCGCACUACUACUCGACGCACGCCGACUGGGCCGCCCGCUUCGCCUGCCCCGUCUACCUCGCCGACGACGACGCCGCGUGGAUCGCCCGCCGCGCCGACGAGGAUUCGUACGUCUUUGUCAGGGACAUCGAGACCCGCAUCGUGCUCGACGGCGUCGACACGGGCGUCACGGCCAUCAAGCUCGGCGGCCAUUUCCCCGGUAGCUUAGUCCUCCUCUUCGACCAGCGCCUGCUAAUCGCCGACACGCUCAUGACGACCCCGGCCGGGCUCGCCAACUGGACGGCUGACGCGGCCGGCCAGACACGAGCACGACCAACGGGGGCCAACAGCUUCGCCUUCAUGUGGAGCAUCCCGAACAUGAUCCCGCUCAGCGCAGGCGAAGUCGCGCGCAUGUGGGACAUACUGCAGGCGUACGAGUUCCGCAGCACGCACGGCGCGUUUGUCGGGCAGGACAUUGAAGACUCGCCCUCUGGCGGAGGUGGCGUAGGUGUCAAGGCACGCGUGCUCGAGAGCAUGCAGAUCCAGGUCAGGGCUAUGGGGUAUGCGGACCAUCCUUUUCUGCAAGUGCGGCUGCGUGAUUGA